AUGGGAAUUAGUAAAUACAACUAAACCCGCAUUUGCGUGGAGUUUAGGCGUUCGCAGACAGCCUAGUAGGAGGUAGCGAGGGCGCGGGGACCGCAUUAGCAUGUGUUGGUUUUUUGGGGGGAAUUCCUGUCAGUUUUGGGUGCGCCGGGGCAGCUAGCGAUGCCUCCUCACCCUGUGAGGGGAUACCUUGUGCUGCAGCCUGAUUGAGAUAUGAAGGCUAUUCCUCCCCUGGCUGUACGGUUAAAAUGUAAUAAUAAUAAGGGAGAGGCAGCAAAACUGCCUGAUUGCCGGGCGGCCGUGGAGGCACCUCAGCCCCAGUUCGUGGCUUUUUGGCGGGUGGCGGUGGGCUGAGGGGAGGGCUAAGAUGGCCGCCGACCCCCGGCCGCCCUGGGGCUGAGCGGGGGCGAUGGCGGCCGCGGACCCCUGAUGGGGAGCCAGCGGCCAUCUUCGCGCGGGAGGAGCAGGAGGAGGAGGAAGGGGAAGAGGAAGAGGCGCAGCCCGCCCCCGGCGGGUCAGAGCGGGGAAGUCGCCGCCCGAAGAUGGCCGCCGCGGCCGGGGACGUGUGUGGCUCCGUGGCGGGCGGCCGCGCCGGAGCCGGGGCUGCAGCGGAGGCGCGGUUCAUCAGCAGCGCCAAGGGGAAAGGCUUGUUCGCCACCAAGAACAUCCGCAAAGGGGAGACCGUCUUCGUGGAGAGGCCGGUGGUGUCAUCCCAGUUCCUCUGGAAUGCCCUGUACAACUACCGAGCCUGCGAUCACUGCCUGCGGGCUUUGGAGACAGCAGAGGAAAAUGCCCAGCGACUGCUGGGGAAGAGCUCACUGGUGCUGCCUCACCCGGAGCAGUGCAGCAUCCGGAAAGAUCUGCACCAGCAGUGUCCUCGAUGCCAGAAACAUGCAUUAUCCACCAGAGACUUCCAGCAUCAUGUUGAUGGCCCGGAUGGUCGCCACCAUCAAACAGGCUAAAGACAAGGAGUGGUGGAUUAAGGCCUUCUCCCAGUUCUGCAACAAGACAGCAAAUGAAGAAGAAGAGAUUGUGCACAAGCUUCUGGGGGACAAAUUUAAGGGCCAGCUGGAGCUGCUGCGGUUGCUCUUCACGGAAGCCCUUUAUGACGAACAUCUCAGCAGAUGGUUCACUCCAGAAGGCUUUCGAUCCCUCUUUGCCCUCGUUGGGACCAAUGGCCAAGGCAUAGGAACAAGCUCUCUGAGCCAGUGGGUGCACGCUUGUGAUGCACUGGAUCUCCCCAUGCUGCAACGAGAGGAGCUGGACGCCUUCAUCGACCAGCUCUACAAGGACAUUGAGAAGGAGUCAGGAGAGUUCCUCAACUGCGAGGGAUCAGGUCUCUACGUGCUCCAGAGCUGCUGUAACCACAGCUGCAUUCCCAAUGCUGAGACAUCCUUCCCAGAAAACAACUUCCUCCUGCAUCUGACGGCUCUGGAGGACAUCAAAGCAGGAGAGGAAAUCUGCAUCAGUUAUUUAGACUGCUGUCAGAGGGAGCGCAGCAGACACAGCCGCAACAAGAUACUCAGGGAGAACUACUUGUUUACCUGCUCAUGUCCCAAGUGCCUAGCGCAAGCUGAUGAUGCCGACGUGACGUCGGAUGAAGAGGAGGAGGGUGAAGGGGAGACGGAUGAUGCUGAGCUGGAGGAUGAGAUGACUGACGUUUGAUCCUGGCCCCGGGCGAGAGGAGAGGGAAGGGAUGAGAGGGUCCUCCGAAAGGCAGCAGCUUUAAUACUACAAACAGGGUUGUGUUGUGGGGUCGGGUGGGAGGCCACAUGCCAGUGGCAGAGGUCUGGUGGAGUGGGACAGCAGGGGAGCCGGAGGCAGGCCCUGCUCCUGCCUGUCCUUGUUGUGUGCUCUGUCUGUGUGUGUGUGUGUGCGCGCGCGCAUGUGCAUGUCAGGCUGUCGCCAUCCUCCCUGUGAGGACAGGCUGUGAGCUGGUGGCCCCCCACCAUGCUGGCUGGUGCUUGCAGAGGAGGUUGGAGGAGAGCAGGGUCCAGCCAGCCCCUGGGUCAUCAUGCUGGUCACCUUGUGACCACCUGCAAGGUGGCUCCACCACAUCUGUGCCGGCCGUGGAUGCGGAGGAGCGUGUCCUAUCUUACUUUGCAGGGACGAGGGGAACGUGUGUGCAUGUGUGUGUGUACGUGUGUUUGUGCACGAGGGGUACUAUUUAAUGUCUAUAUUAGCACUAUCUACACACUAAGGAGCUGGGGUCCGUAUAUAUACUCCAUUCCAUGCCUUGGCUUGGUGAGCAGCAAGGGGCAAAAUGAUUUUGCAGGUGGGACAGAGACACCUUAGAGGGUGGCUCAGAUGCCCAAGUCCAGCAGGGAGAGUGGAGCCGACCCUGGAAGACAGAUCCCUCCCACCUCGGUCCCAUCCCUCACACGAUGCAGAGCCCCACGCAGUGAUUGCCAGGCUCCUCAGGGAGGGGGAACGGCCAGGCUGCUGCUAGCCCAGAGCAAACUCACCAUCCAAAACCCAAAAGUUUUGGGUUUUGCAGUGUGCAAGCCAUCCCGCUGGGCUGUCCAGCUGCGGGAGGAGGAUGCGCCCUAUUGGGAUCCGCUGUGCCAGGGACUCAGCAUGGUGCUUCCCCACACCCAGACAUCACCGGCAGCUGAGCGUUGUCAUCCAUCCCAUGCUGCCAGCCACCGAUGAGGCCACACUGCUGUCUGCGCUGUCCCAGUCUGCGGACCACACGGCCGGAGGGAGAAGACUGCUCUGUGCGACAGACAGGCAGCAGGUUGGGGAUGUGCCCGGCCUAUUUUCCUCCCCAUUUGCAUUCUGGGGAGCUUUUUCUGCUGCCGCUUCCUUCCAACCCGUGGCAGCUGGAUUGUGGGAGCGAGGGCGACACUGUAGAUGGGCACCUCUGACACUGCCAUCACCGCCAGCCCCACACCCCGCUGCUUGUCCCCAGCCGUCCCGGGGCCAUGUCCCCUUCAGUGUUCGUAAUAAACCGAGACUGGUUAGAA